CGUUUAACAUAUAUUGCUGAGAUAACGCGAUACACAGUGGAUUGAAAGUGCACUCGCACAAAAAGGAUUAAUCAUCGUGUUAAAUAUAAUACUAAUCGAUUGCAAUCAUGAAAUUGCCGUACGCCAACAAAUGUAACUUCCUGAGUGCUCAUUCAUCCUUGACAUUUUCGCGUUAUUAAUCGUGGUCUUUAUCAAGAAAACGCAACUUGUUGAACGAAACGCGAGAAGUUCUAAUUUCACUUAAAUCGAAUUAAUAUUGCCAUAUAUUGCGUAUAUAACUUCCGCGUCUAUAAGCUAAGCAUUAUACAUGCUUCUCGUCCGCCUACUCUAUAAAUAAUUUAUCGAGUUUCCUCUUCUACAAAUUGAACACCAAGAAACUUCAAGUUAACUCUUCUUUUAAACACACAAUCACGUAAAGUAUCGCAAAGCUAAUUGGGGUCGUCGUACCAGCUUAAUUUUUUCAUUCUGACGACAUAAAUAGUAUUAUAAUUUUUUUUCCGGCGGAAAAUGCAGUUAUGUUUUACUUUUAAAACAGACUAUAUAAAAAAUAUUUAUUAUUCAAAAUGAAAUAAAGUUUCAUGCCGGUAUUGAUUUGAGUAUAAUUCUGGAUUCGUAAUUAUGAUACAGUUUCCGAUGGAAAAUUUUAUAAGAUACAAAAAAUAAGUUUCUUGAAAAAUUACAAUAUAUAUUUUAUAUCGCAUCUUAUCAUUGAUAUAUCGAUCAUCUCCCAAUUUUCAAUAUAUUAGACACGUUUUGACAGAUGUUUUAUCCCGAGAUGCGUAUAAAUAUUUUUAUCGUAGAUUGUUAUAAAUAAAUGGAUCUCUCACUUUAAUAUUUUCUGCGAUGUGACAGCAACAGUUUGUCACAUUAUGCAUUAAUAUCGAUAUUGUUAAUGUAGAUCCUCCGAUCGAAUGUCGCGGCACGCGAAAAUAUAGCUUACGUACCCUUGCGUGAUAGGCCUCAUAGAUACCUUUAUAUGUGUAUAGGUGAACAGGUGCGCUUCAGUUAGUCGGCUGACUGUGUCGCGAUAACGUAUAUCUAAUAGUAGCGACUACUUUUCGAGUAUGUUCAACUAAAUGCACAUUGCGCACGCACAUCCAAUUAUUAGUUAAUUGUGACAUAUAAUAUAAAUAAUUUAUUGAAAAUGUGUAUUUUACAUUAGUGCAGGAGAAAAUAUAUCGUAUAAAAAUUUUUUAAAUAAUAUUCUCUUCUACAUUUUUCUUCUUACAGUACUGUUCGUUUUGACAAUUAAGCUUCUUUAAUUUUUGACAUCAACGGGUUUCUGAAUUAUACAAUUAUUCGUACAAAAUUCGAAUUUGUAAGAUACGGUUCUUGGCGGAAUGUUUAUUUGUGUGCAACGAGAAAUGCGACAAUGAAUAGUGAUAUGAUUGGAGGGAAAACAACUGCACAGCAAUAUGAAUCUCAUAUACGUGUAGAUAUUUUAUAUAAACGCGGCGUCUAAAUCAAUCAUUAGUCGCAUCUUUCAUUAACAUUGUUUGACGGGUCAAACCAAUUGAUUAAUUUUCACGAUAAAGCGUGGAAUAAUUGCAUUGUGCGAAAAUGACGCAAUAUAGUAGCGGUAGCAGUACCAGUAGCAGCAGCAGCGGAAAUGAAUUCAAAGAUCGCGGAGAUCGAAGAGCGCUGGAACAAAAACUCAUGGUCGCCGUUCGUAUUCGUCCCUUGGCCCUCAACGAAAACGGUACCAGAUGUUUGCACGCUGUUAACAAUAAAAUGGUGAUGCUGGAGGAUCAAGACAGUGAUAAGCAAAAACGUACGGCGCCGCGACAGUAUCUCUACGACAUAGUUUUCGGAGAGAAUGCUACUCAGGAAGAGGUCUAUGAAGAAACGACGAAAAAUUUGGCGCAAGAUGUUCUUAAUGGUUACAACGCCACUGUUUUUGCGUAUGGUGCGACAGGAUCGGGAAAAACGUAUACAAUGGUAGGGACAUCAUCGAAUCCCGGAAUCAUGGUACGUGCUCUGAAUGACAUUUUCUUAGCGGCCAAAAAAUUACCGGACGACGCAAAAUUUACGGUAACGAUGUCAUACAUGGAGAUUUAUAAUGAGAACAUUCGCGAUCUUCUGAAUCCCAGUUCAGGAUACCUGGAUCUACGCGAUGACACACGGGGUCGCAACAUUCAGGUCUCAGGGUUGACGGAAAUCUCCACUAAUUCGACCGAAGAAGUUAUGCAGCUGUUACACAGAGGUAACAAAGCGAGGACGGUAGAACCAACAGCCGCAAAUAAAACCUCGUCGCGAAGUCACGCGCUCCUUAGCGUCAUGGUCAGACAGUCUUCUCGUUCGAUCCAGGAUAAUGAUAAGUGUCUGCACACAAAAAUAAAGCAAGGGAGAUUAUUUAUGGUUGACCUCGCCGGAUCUGAACGAGCGAAACAAACCAAAAACAAAGGCAAAAGGUUGCAGGAGGGUGCGCAUAUUAAUAGAUCUCUUUUAGCGCUGGGCAAUUGUAUCAACGCACUGUCCGGUGGUGCGCGAUAUGUAAAUUACCGCGAUUCCAAGCUCACGCGGUUGCUGAAGGAUACUCUAAGCGGCAAUUGCCGAACUGUCAUGAUCGUCCACGUGUCGCCGGCGAGCGCGCAUCGCGACGAAAGCAAGAAUACCCUAACGUACGCGGAUCGCGCCAACAGAAUCUCUAAUAAAGUCGAGCAAAACGUACUAAACGUUAGUUAUCUACACGUCGCACAGUAUCACGACGUAAUCAGCGAUUUGAAGAACGAAAUCUCGCGUCUGCGAAACAAGAUGAAAGGUGACAGACCAAAGAGGAAGGAAUCGGAGGAAAAAAUAUCAGAUAACGCGCAUAACAAUGAUUUCAGAUUGUUAAAAGAGAAGAUCGUGUUUGCUUUUAAGGAACAGAUGCGUCUGAGGAGAAAAUUAAUGGAGCUGGAUAGUCAUCUACUGAGUUUGAAUAUCGCCGCCGAACAGCAGCAUUCUGUAAUCUCUCAUUGGGAAUCGAAGAACAACAGGAUUUAUGGAAAAACGCGAGAUUCCGAAACAGAUCGUCCAGGUACGGACUAUCAAGUGGAUGAAACAGAUGACGUGGAUCUCUUAAGGGACGAUCUGGAAGAUGAAGCAGCCAUACAGCAAGCGUGGACGGAACUAAUGGAGAUAACGAAGGAGAAAGAAAGAUACACCGAAAUGCGCGUCGUCGCGGAGAAAGAACUCGAGAUAUGUCGAAAACGCAGUGCUGAGCUUGAAGACGAAUUGCCGUUGCGUAUCAACUCGGACGAGGAACGCGAAUUGUUAGCGCUGAUGCUACGAGUUCACGAGCUCGAGGCGGACAAAAUGAUGCUGCAAAGCGAGAGGCUGGUUAAACAGUAUGAGCUUAGACGUCGCGAGUUGCUACUGCUCCGUUACGAUCGACAGCGGCAGAUCUCCGAUGAAAUCAUCACCAGACAACGACAGAUCAUGGAAAGUCGGUAUGGCCGUUUGGCGCUCCCGGUCGAUCUGCAGAAUCUUUAUGCUUUGUAUCAGCAAGAGAUUCAGGCCGCGACGUAUAUCGAUAGUAAUCUCGGCGAUCUCGUCGUGUCGCCAACUGUGUCAUCGUUCGGUCGCGGAAGAUUGCCGCCUAUAUCCAGCAGACUCAACAAUUUCAGCAAUGACAUGAGAAUAGCCAGCAGUUCCACCGAUUCCGAUUGGGAUUCGCCGUUACCGCCGAUUCAUGAACCGCAAGAGGAAGCGGAGCACGUGAUGGGACCAGUAGUACAACCGUUAAUUUCUCCGGCCACCUUAUUUCCGCCGAUAUCGGUGAAUUCGCAAAAUUAUGAUAAGAAACUUCGGCGAAUAGCGAGCGACGAUAACAUAAAUUCAAUACGAUUCGCGCACAAUGACGACGGUCGUUACAAGGUUUCUCGAACAAAGAGUGAUGAUCGCGAACCAGGUAGUUGAGAUUGACAUUGAACGACAUCGACGUUCUCGACGUCUCUCGCGAGCAGUUCUAUGCAGCUUAACGGCAGUGAUUUCAGAUUCUUGCAUUUCAUCGUCGUUUUUUUUAUCUUUGGGGAGAAUUUUAUCGAGCUUUAGACGAUC